AUGGCUCUGCGGCCGUCAGGUGAGGCGGGACCCCAGGACAAGAUGGGCUACGCGCCUGAGAGGCUCCAGCGCAGCCCCCAACACCUGGACGCAUACUACAUGCCUUUCCCGCCCUAUGGCCACUAUGGGAACAUGCUAAGCGCUGCGGAGGGAGAUUUCCAACCUUUCCCGCAGCUGGAGGCCGCCGUAUCUGCAUCCCACGCUUUGCCCGCCUUCUCCUUCCGGGCCGCGCCUCCCUUGCUGAGCUCCAACCUGGCCCUGCAGAGGGAGCCGCUCUACGAUCUGCCCUGGUACAGCAAGCUGCCGCCGUGGUACCCAGUUCCCCACCUUCCCAGAGAGGUGCCACGCUUCAACAGCAACCACGAGUAUACAGGCGCCACCAGUGAAGACUUGGGCCACAUUGGUGGCCGAAGCGACAGUGGCCAGUGCUGUGGACCUGAGAUUUUAAUUCCGCCGUCGGCUGUGAAUGCUUCCCUGCUACCUGAGGGGCUGAAGACGCCCCAGUUAUUACCUUGUUCCCCCAGCAAGCGGUCUGAGGAGGGCUCCAAACUCCCGAACCAACCAGGGAAGUCGUCUCGCCGCUACCACUUCACCCAGGAAGACCUGCACUUAGUUCUGUUCGGGGUCAUUCCCAGCGUGGAGCAUUCAGCCCCUCUACACCAUGCAAUUUCCGGCUUCCUGGUCCCCACAGACAGCUCUGGAUCCGAUUCUCUCUGUCGAACUCUGGAUAAAGACUCCCUUCAACUACCAGAAGGUCUGUGCCUCAAGCAGACGACGUUCGGUGAGGUACGACAUUUUGGUGUGUUCUGCAGUAGCCUCAUCGCCAAAGGAGUCAGGUUUGGGCCCUUUCAAGGUAAAGUGGUCAACGCCAGUGAAGUCAAGACCUAUGGAGACAAUUCUCUGAUGUGGGAGAUCUUUGAAGAUGGUCAUUUGAGUCACUUUAUAGAUGGAAAAGGAGGUUCAGGCAACUGGAUGUCCUAUGUCAACUGUGCCCGUUUCCCCAAGGAGCAGAACCUAGUCGCAGUGCAGUGUCAAGGGCAGAUCUUUUAUGAAAGCUGCAAGGAGAUCUGCCAGAACCAAGAGCUCCUGGUGUGGUACGGAGACUGCUAUGAAAAGUUUUUGGACAUUCCUGUGAGCCUUCAGGUUACGGAGCAGGGGAAGCAGGCGCCUGGGCCCUCUGAAGAGUCUGCAGAGGGCUACAGAUGUGAAAGAUGUGGAAAAGUAUUUACCUACAAAUAUUACAGAGAUAAGCAUCUCAAGUACACCCCAUGUGUGGACAAGGGUGACAGGAAAUUUCCCUGCAAUCUCUGCAAACGAUCCUUCGAGAAGCGGGACCGGCUCCGGAUCCAUGUCCUUCACGUUCAUGAGAAGCACCGGCCUCACAAGUGUUCUACGUGUGGGAAAUGUUUCUCUCAGUCUUCCAGCCUGAACAAACAUACAAGAGUCCACUCUGGAGACAGACCAUACCAGUGUGUGUAUUGUACAAAGAGGUUCACUGCCUCCAGCAUCCUCCGCACGCAUAUCAGGCAGCACUCCGGGGAAAAACCCUUCAAAUGCAAGCACUGUGGUAAAUCUUUUGCAUCCCACGCUGCACAUGACAGUCACGUCCGACGUUCACACAAGGAGGAUGAGGGCUGCUCUUGCAGCAUCUGUGGAAAAACCUUCCCAGAUCAAGAAGCAUUCUACUCCCAUAUGAAGCUUCAUGAAGGCUACUAGCCCUCAGAAGUAUGGGGACAAUGUAAAACCAAAGGCUAGGAUUCGGUCUUCGUUUUUCUUGCUUUUGGGUGUGUUGCAUGAACAGAUGAUCGUUAUACUGAGAUGAGAAAUAGAAAAAUGGAACUGGCCAAUAAACUGAAUUUAUCAGAUUUAUUUCACCAGCUUUCACAGAAAUGUGUUUCACAAGAAUGGAGUUUUGGUGAAUUUAUCUAGAAAUAGUGAGAGCUGGCUAUUAAUAUUGAGCUUCCAAGUCUGGAAACUCAACACAAACCCUGAGAGAGGGACUAUAUUUUAUUUUGGGGACUGGGAGUAGAGUUUGAUUUUGUGAUGCAAAAGACCUUUUCUCUACUAGUUGCCUUGGGUCCCCAGUUGUAAUAUGGCUCUGGCCAUUGCCUGGUCUAUUCUUCAUAGAAUAAAGUCUUUAAAAAU